AUGGCUGUAUACAAAAAUUAUUACAACCGCAAAGCCCAUUGGACUUUAAUGGCAAUUUCAUGUUUGUAUCUUCUCUGUAGUAUUGUGAGCGCCGAAAGGGUAAGACAUCCUCAUAUGAAACGUGCGGAACCCGGUUGGUCGCAAUUAGAAAAAUCAUCAUCGAGUAAUUCGAAUAAAAAUUCGAUACUCAGUUGCCCGAAUUGCCUUUACGAAAACGAAUUAGAUAGAGAGAAAAAGGAGACGGACAAACUUAGAUUAGAAGCGAUCAAACGACAAAUUUUACAAAAAUUAGGUUUGCGACAAAAACCGAACGUGACGCAUAGUCUUCCUAAAGAGAUUAUUUUGGAAACGCUCGUUAGAACGGAGGACGAAGAUAGCGAAGAUUUUUUAAGGAAUUUUGAUAGAGAUGAAAUUUAUUCGACUACUAGCGCUAGGAAUAAUAUCAUGGAGACUGUCGAUGUUGAUGAUUUCUACGGCAGGACGUCCGAAAUCAUUUCCUUUGCCGAAGAAGGUCCGAGAGUCAAUCAGAAUCGCCUGCUGGAAUUCCGAGCUUCUAUCCAGGAAUCCCAUCAAGCCGGCCAGGAAUUCCACGUGAGAAGCGCCACCUUGUGGGUGAAGGCCGACGUCCAAUCGACCCACCGCCGUCGCGACGACCAGCCCAAAUGCCGGACGACCGACAUUUUCGUCUUCAAAGUCAUAUCGAGGGCCCUGCCCGAGUCGGUCACGCUCAGUUCCAGGCAAUUCGACCGUCUGACCGCCGAUCCGGUCUCGAUCGGCCUGGAUGAAUCCCGGCCGGGCUGGCAGAAGAUCGACCUCACCGAAACGGUGAGACAGUGGCUGAAGGAGAACGACGAGGCCAAACUGCGGUUGUUCGUCGAUUGCAGCUGUUGCUCCAAUUGGCAAGUCCAUCUGUUCAACGACGACGACGACAAACGGCCGCACAACAUCAACAACAACAACAACAACAACAACAGACCGUUCCUGGUGAUCCACACCGAUCCGAGCGCGGCGAAGCGCGUGCGCCGGAGGGCCAUCGAUUGCUCAGAGGAUUCGGGCAACCAGUGUUGCAAGCAGAGGUUCUACGUCAGCUUCAAGGCGUUGGGUUGGGACGAUUGGGUCAUUGCACCACAAGGUUACUACGCGAAUUACUGCCGAGGUGAUUGCAGCCACCAUCGCACGCCCGACACCUACGUGACCUAUCACACCCAUGUGAUAGAAGAGGUGCGCAAGACGCAGCAUCUGUCAGGUAUGACGCCGUGUUGCGCUCCGCUAAAGUUCUCUAGCAUGAGUUUGAUCUAUUACGGGCCGGACUCGACCAUAAUCAAAAGGGACUUGCCGAAGAUGGUGGUGGACGAGUGCGGGUGUCCGUGA